GGGAGAAGCUCCGGACUCAUUCUCUGUUCUCCACUCCGCGUCCGCAACUUGCCCGCUGGCACAUGGGCGCCGGCCGGAGCCGCUAGCAGCGGAACGGCCCGCAGCACCUGUUCAGCACCGCACAGCGCCCGCAUAGCCAGCGAGGUACAGGCACGGGGCGAGCGGGACGGAGGGUGCCGUGCCGUGCCGAAGGGCUGACCGCCGCGGAUUGCCGGUCUCCGUGCAUGCGAGGUGUGAAGCUGGGCAGCGCCCCUGAGCCAUCGCCAUGGAUUUUGUGAUGAAGCAAGCCUUAGGAGGGGCUACCAAGGACAUGGGGAAGAUGCUGGGUGGGGAUGAAGAGAAAGACCCUGAUGCUGCCAAGAAAGAAGAGGAGCGACAGGAAGCCCUCAGACAAGAAGAGGAGGAGAGGAAAGCCAAGUAUGCCAAGAUGGAGGCUGAAAGAGAAGUUAUGAGACAGGGGAUUCGAGACAAGUAUGGGAUAAAGAAGAAGGAGGAAAAAGAAGCAGAGGCCCAGGCUGCACUGGAAGCUAAUGCUGAAGGAAGCCUGACUCGUCCAAAGAAGGCUAUUCCUCCUGGCUGUGGGGAGGAGGAGGAGGAGGAAGAAGAGAGCAUUCUAGACACAGUCAUCAAAUACCUACCAGGUCCCCUGCAGGACAUGUUCAAGAAGUAAUAACUGCAGACUGCUAGAUGGGCAUAAACAGUACUGCAAAGGAUUUCUCUUUUGCCCAAUGGGGAUUUACAAUCUUGCCAUCCAUCACGCACCUCUGCCCUCUAAUGCUCACUAGGAGUCCUUUUGCUUCCCAUUCCCCACUGCCUCUUCCCUUUGCCUCUACCCCAAGAGUCAUCAGUCCUUUUUUUUUGUACAUAGUCACAUCCAGUAGAUGCCUCUGAAUGGAUGUAAAGAUUAAAAAGCUGCAGACUACACAACUUUUAUUAUAAGCCAUAGUACUAUGUAUGUUAAAUAAGGCAACUGUACAUUAAGCAUAGAAAAGGAACAACCUCACAUGCAUUUUGACCCAAAGCGGGAAGAAGUGUUCACUAAGUGUGAACAGUAUCCUUUUGAGUUUUCUUUAAUUAUUAUUAUUAUUACUGAUAAUAAUUAUUAGUUAUUUUUAUUAAAGUUCUUGUUGAUUGGGUCACACUAGCCAUUUGUUGUUGAGCACAUCUACCCUUGGAAGGAAUAUCUCAGUUCUCCCAUGGAAGCAGAGCUUUUCAGUUUUAAUUCCAUCACUGGCAUAAAUAAAAAAUCGUUUGGAAGCUAAAUCAUGCAUGACUUACACAGCUGACAUCACUCAGAACUAUAGAAGAAGUGAGUCAUCUGCCCUCAGAUGCUGAUAGAAGUUAAAUGCCUCAGAAUCUAAGCAGGAGUCAUGUCACUUUGGGAAUUAGCCAUACACUUAGCUUGAAAGAGCAGAUUUGGUCUGACAGGUGCCAUGCAGAGAGCCAGAACUACAGUAGGUUGUGUGGUACCGUUACUGGACCUCUCCACUCCCUGGAAGUCAGUGACCAAGAAUGUUGGCCUCUCUGAUUAACUAAAAUUCCUCUUUCUGCCCAGUGCCAUAUUUGACGAUGUCAUUCCCAGCAGUGCUUGCAGCAUAGGCAUUUGAUCUCCAGUAUAUUGUUACUGCUGUGUUCUACCCAUCCUUCAAUGCAGUUGGGGGAGAAAGUGAAAGUUAGACACGGCACUGGAGAGCUAGAAAUUCUAAGUUUCCUAUGUCUCAUACUAAGUUUCUCUGUUGCCUUGAAGAGGUACUUUAGUUUUCUGAUUCAUCUCCUUCAGUUGUUAAAUUGAGCUUUUAGUCUACACCCACUGUAAAAGGAUGUAGUAAGGAUGGAUUGCACAAUUAUUUCCCAGUCAUCUGCAGGAGUUAAUUAAUAUUAUUGCAGUAUGUAGUAGCUGUUGAUUCUAUUAAAGUAUGAAAAAAUCUCUCAACAUCAUCUUUAAUACCUUAGCCAGACAUAGGUACAGUUUUUUUUCCAGUACAGCACAGUAAGCAUUGAGUAACUAAAUAAGAAAAGCCAGAUUCUUCUGGAGAUGUUGACUUGCUAGUACACACACUCUAAACAGAUUUAUUUUGAACACAAUCCCUUGCUAAGUUUUCUGGACUGCCAUCUGAAAAGCUGAUCAUAAAAUUUUUGUAUUUGGCAACAUCACUGUAGUAGCUUCUGUAAGAGCACCACACCACCUCAGUCUCACAAUCUUGUAGGAUAAUCACAGAAUCAUGGAAUCAUAGAAUAUCCCAUGUUGGAAGGGACCCAUAAGGAUCAUCGAGUUCAACUCCUGUUCCACUAGUAUCCCAGGUUUUUCUAACACUUAAACAGGUUCACUUAAUUCAAUAACAUGGUAUUUCUUUUUAGAAAAGGUAAUUUCCUUUCCUUUAAGGGUGAAUCUUGGCCUCCCCAUCAGUUUUUCAAAGCCCAUAUUAAGUGGUAGAAAUCUACUGAUUAAGAAAGGUGGAGGACCAGAAUGCAUCACAUACAGUGGAAAGAUACCAUCUCCACAUAAUCAGGAUUUGCCUCACAGAAGUAGUACUGUUUGUCCCUAUCAUGGAAACAGUAGCAACAACAACAGAAAGGAAAACAAUCUGAGAUAUUUAAUUAGGUACAUAAAAUUAAGCAUUUUACUCUAAUGGAACUUAUUUUGAUUCACUUGUUCAGUAUAACUGACCUUAGGCAAAUAUUCCUGUACUUUUCUGGAUACAGAAUUUAAAAAACUAUUUGUCAUCCUUUCAAGUAAGUAUAAGCAUCAUAGUUAAGUCUCACUGCCUAAACUAAUGUGAAUUCUGUGCUUUUUAGCAGCAUCUCAUACGGUAGGAAAAGAAUAUUGUGAAAGAAAAUAAAUAUAUUCAUUUUUUCCUACUUACCCAAUUAUUAUUCAGGUAUAUAAGCAGUCCUUGAUAUACCAACAGUCCAGCUGAUACACCUUGAAGUUAGUCUUCCCACCUAACUUCAGUGGCAAGUUUCUACUAAAUCUAGGGUGGAAGAUGAGGAUGUUUAACUGAUCUACAAGUCAAAACCAGCUGAUAAAAAGGCAACUUGUUUUGGGUUGGAUCUACAAACAAGACACGUUCAUUCUAGUGCAAACUGCUGUGAGUUUUGCAAGGGAAGAAGAAGGUAGGUUUUACUCUUUCAGAUAGCAUCAGUGCUUUUCUGCCCUUUCAUUUAGAGUGAGAUGAUUGUGUCCCACUAAGACUUCAAUGACCCAGAACACUCUUUAACUGUGUAUCAAUGCUUGGGUAGUGCUGAGCAACAUACCAUUUUCUAGGGAGAGUGUCCUACUCACUCCAUGCAAAUUCAGCAACUACUGAAGUAGUAAAGCUUGUUUAAGUAAAUUAAGUAAAGCUUAUCUAAGUACAUCUCAAAGGACUGAAAACUCUCCUGUCACAAAGGCAGCCGCUUUUUCUGAUGCUCUGAGAGAGAAUUAGAUCCAACACCCCUGAAAGGUAAAAGGUAGAGAGCUUGGUUCUUUGCUCCAGCCAUUCAUUGACAGUGAAAUCUACUGACACACUAGCAUCAUAUCUUCUGAAACACUCUGACUGAUAUGAGUGGUUGGUCUAUGCGUUUAGUCGAACCAGCACAAAAGUUCCCGUGCUAAAGGAGACAUAUUCAUUCAUUUAUAUUCUCCCCUGGUCUUGUCUUGGAGGAGUCUACAAACAAACAAGAGGAUGAACUCAAACUGCUUUUCUUUGGAUUUCUCUAAGGUUUGCUUGUUGACCUAUCCCUAGCCCCCAUCACAGACUCAUUUCCUCAUCCAGUCAAAUACUGUCCAUGGGACAGAAGCAAGGUUUGCUGCAUGCUGUCCCCUCUGUUGGACAAUAUUGCCAAUUGUUUGUUGUUUUUCAGUCUCCCUGGCACCUUGAUGGGUACACUUGUGUGUGGAAGAGGAAACAACAGAGUAUUAGGAGAGAGAACAGAAGGAUAUUUGGUAUAAUUUUUCCUAAUUGUGCCUCAACAGCUGUACCAUUGACUGGUCUAAGUCAGGAUCUUGUGUGGCCUACGCUCUAAUGUCAUAAGCAGGUAGUACUGUCCCCAUCCUCAAAGUAUUAAAAAAAUUACUUUGUUUUGUGAGCAGAGCCACUGAAUGGUAUGUACAUCUAGAUCCAAACUCUGAAAAAUGCUGUGGGAACACUGUGUGGAGUUUAUUACAAGCUAGGCUCACAGAGCAGGAGCAAAAGGGGAAGUAGUUUAUUGAAUAAUACUUGCUGUGCAUUUUUCACUGUGGGAGCUUUCCAGCCCAGCCAUGUCAUCACUUCUGUACCUCAGCUCUCCCAGCCCACGGUAGACCUUACUCCAUGGACAGUGGAGUUCAGCCAGUUGUGAGCUGACAGAUAUGAAUUUUCCUUUUAAUUUUCAAUUUCUUUCAAUAAAGAAACAUGACAGAAGACCUAUCACAGGUACUGGGCAGAUUUUUCUUGGUUUUGUCUCAGAUAACCUUUUGCACCUUGCAUGAGUUCUGGGCCUCUCCCUAAGUCAUUCCUUCAUCUCCAAAGUGCCUAAGCCACUCUGAACAGACUCGAAAGCAGGCACUCCCCGAUCCCUUGUGACCAUUCUUUCCCCUUCCCACCCUGCACUACCAACAUGGUGCACAACACCUUUGGCUGAUGUAUAGGUGUGAGAAGCACGGUCUCAGACACUGUCCCCUUCAGCACACAAGUAGGCAUUGAAGCACUUGAACAAGACCAAAGAUAAGUAUGGUUCAUUGUUUGGAUUCUGAUUUUCUCUUUGCAUUCCAUGCCAUUGUUUCAUUUGUGUUGCUAGUCUGUUCAAUCUCAGGUAAAUGAGGUCUUUUUUUUCUUUUCUUUCCUUUCACCCCUCCCUCCCCCCCCCCCCCCAUUUAUUUAUUUAUUUGUUUAUUUGUGUGUUUGUUUAUGGUUAUUGGUUUCAGGUGGCAGGUGUGGAUUAGUUUUGAUUUACACAGAAAGGUUGGUGGCUAGACACUGCAGCCAUUUUCCUUUGCAGCUCCAAGACCUUUCUGGCUGUCAACAAAAUUCAAAGGGCCUCCACCUUCUGGAGGACAAAUGAGUUUGCCACUGACCUUUGCAAACUCAUACCUAUCUUUAGAGAAAGCCAUAUGAAAUCAGACUGCAAUAUUAAUUAUGAAUGAUACUUGUGUUUAAAAUAAAUAAAAUGAGGUACAAAUCAUGUGCGAGAUCACUCUGGAGUUCCUCAGUCUAUGUUUCUAGUACCAUAUGUUGGCUUAUGUCCCUCCUAGCCCCUUUCCUUCGUCAAGAAACACCAUACCAAUGCUGCUUAGUACAUCUUUUGCCAAGCUUAUUGUGCUAGAAUAAGCGUUGUUAGAAAUCAGCUGUUGUGACCUCAAAGUAAUGUCUUAUGUAUCUGAAACUUGUCUGUAUUCAAUCUGAAUAUGUUAUCAAGAUACUGUUUCUUCAUGUGCUGAGUUAGUAAAAUGUUUCAAUACUGACAUUAAA